UUUAUGAGUUAGCACUUUCUUCGUGAUCCCAUUCAGUGCUCGCUGUCCUCGCUGCACACUUGUGGCUUGGCUCUGCUGUCACACACAUUGGCUGUGCUACAGGGCGAUAUCACACAUGGCUAAUGAAUUGAGGCCCUGCCCAUGUGACAUUGGAGACAGGUUUGACUAUGGCGGCCGUGGGCAGGAAGUACAAAUUGAGCACAUCGGGGCUUAUGUUUCCAAACCCUCUGCCAGCACAGACAAAGCUGUGAUCGUGAUUCAUGAUAUAUUUGGAUGGCAACUCCCAAACACGAGAUACAUGGCUGAUAUGCUAACAGCCAAUGGAUACAUAGCCAUCUGCCCGGAUUUUUUUGUGGGACAAGAAGGGUGGAAACCUUCAAAUGACUGGGCUUCUUUCGAUGAUUGGCUGAAAACUCGACAGGCCAGCAAAAUAGACAAAGAAGUUGAUGUUGUCCUGAAGUAUCUAAAGGAGCAAUGUGGCGCGAAGGAGAUUGGUGCCAUUGGGUUCUGCUGGGGUGGAGCAGCAGUACAACAUCUGAUGCUGAAAAAUCCUCAUUUAAAGACGGGAGUGUCCCUCUAUGGAGUGAUCAGGUUCUUUGACGACGGAUCCAAUUUGCUUCACCCCACCUUCUUCAUUUUUGCUGAAAAUGAUAAUUUCAUCCCACUAGAGCAAGUCACCGAUCUGAAGCAGAAGCUUAAACAAAACUGUAAAGUUGAUUAUGAAGUUAAAAUUUACCCUGGACAGACUCAUGGUUUUGUACACCGUAAAAGAGAAAAUAUCAAUCCUCAGGAUAAACCUUAUAUUGAGGAAGGAAGAAAGGAUAUGAUCAACUGGCUGAAUAAAUACAUGUAGAAGACAUAAAAUGUCCAUAAAGUAAAUGAAUUUUUUUAGGAAAUCAGAAAAUAAUAAAGAUUAUAUUGAUU